GAUAGCUCUAAUAACUAGUACAGUGGAAGGCUGCAACUUUUGCAGAAGGGAGUCUGAGCACUCACAGACUGGCCAGAGAAGAGGGAAUCUGGUAGCCAGCACUGUAUGCAAAGCCAGAUACAAAGUGCAGUCUCAGCCACACUGACACACAACAAAAAGUGACACCAUGGUGCAGCAAGCGGAUAAUAUAGACACUGACAGCAACCAUCACACAGAGUCUACUGACACAGAAGAAGGGGAGUUUAUUGCUUGCAGCCCUGUAGCUUUGGAUGAAAGUGACCCUGACUGGUGUAAAACGGCUACCGGUCACAUAAAGAGACCUAUGAAUGCAUUUAUGGUGUGGUCAAAAAUUGAAAGGAGAAAGAUCAUGGAGCAGUCACCGGACAUGCAUAAUGCAGAGAUCUCCAAAAGAUUGGGGAAACGCUGGAAAAUGCUCAAUGAUACAGAAAAGAUACCCUUCAUCAGAGAGGCUGAGAGGCUCAGACUCAAACACAUGGCGGAUUAUCCUGACUAUAAAUACAGACCCAGGAAAAAGCCCAAAAUGGACCCUUCUUCUAAGCAGGCACUGGGACAAUCUCCUGAGAAGUGCCCUAGCACCAGCGGCAAGAGCAGCAAAAAUUCAGCUAGAAAAUGUACCAAGCUGAAACCAAGUAAGUCAGGGAGUAAGUCCCCUAAUGAGUAUGGUGAGGACUAUGUUUUUGGGAACCUCAAGGCGAACAAAGCUGUGAAGUGUGUGUUCAUGGAUGAUGAUGAUGAGGAUGAUGAAGAUGAGGAGGACGAGUUGCAGAUCAGGAUAAAGCAAGAGGAGGAGGAUGAAGAUCAGCUGCGACAGUACAAUGUGGCCAAGGUACCGGCUAGUCCCACCUUAAGCACCUCAGCAGACUCCACAGAGGGAGCCAGCAUGUAUGAAGAUGUGAGAAAUUCAACAUCUAACAACAGACUUUAUUACAACUUCAAAAACAUUACCAAGCAAAGCACAACAGCACAACCUACUAUAACCCUAGCUCCAGCCAGAUGUGUUUCUACCUCACCCAACGAUAAAGAUGAUCUCAUGUUUGAUUUGAGCUUAAACUUCACACAAAACCCUCAGGCAUUCGAGCUUGGUAACUCCAAUUCAGGAAACCUUUCUCUCUCCUUAGUGGACAAAGAUUUGGAUUCGUUUAGUGAGGGUAGUCUGGGUUCCCAUUUUGAGUUCCCAGAUUACUGUACCCCAGAACUCAGUGAAAUGAUUGCAGGGGACUGGUUAGAAGCCAACUUUUCUGACUUGGUAUUCACAUACUGAUUUUACACUUGUUCUUUUUAUUUUUUGGUAAAUAAUUGAGGGUUUAUCAAAGGUGCCAGAAAAAUGGGCGUUAAAGGAGACAAUUUCAAUUCCAAUGAAAUCAUGUGUCUUGCUUUUUCUAGCCCUGUCUGAUUUCAAAUGAUGAUCCCGUGUGGAAUAUGGGACUAAGGAAACUGAAGAUAAGGAGCUGAAUGAAAGGUCAACGGUCUGGAAAAUAGUCUGCAGAAAUAUCUAUUUCUAGGUAGCUUAAAGGGGGCACUGAUGUUUUAAAUAGGAUUUUAAACAUGUUGGAAGGGACUAUUUCAUUUUUUUAUUAUUUUUUGGAGGGAGAAAUCUAAAUCUCUUCUAUGCAUCUGAUUCUUAAUCUGCAGGGAGCUGAAACAUGCAGACUGGACACACUACAUAAAACUGUGAACUGAUUUUAGGUCAGCGUUUACUUUACAGAUCAACAAAAAUGUAAGGUUUUCACUAUGUGAUUUCUUGCCAACUUUUUUUGUAACUUGUUCCCUUAUACCUCCUUAAAUUCCAGACAACCCAGACCUCAGUACAAAAAAAAAAAAAGGUAUUGAAACAUUUUUGAUACUUAACAGACCUCAGUCUUUUUUUAAAAAUUAAAAUAUUUUCAGGCGUAUUUUUGUACAGUUAAAGGGAACAUUCCUGCUGUCAUUUUUUUUAUGUUCAGUGAGACUUUCAGGCACUUCUUCCUAUCUCUUCUCUGUUUUAGCAUGCAAGUAUGUUGAUAACGUUAUGUCCUGAUAUAAGGAUUAAAAUAAGAAAAAAAAAUCCUUGCAUCUAAAAAAAAAAAGGCCUUGUGGUUUUAAAACACUUUUUUGUACAGCUAUAGUUCAGAUUUGUUCAAUAUUUGUAGGUAAAGAUUUAUUGAAAUGGUGAUAUAGACCUCAGAGCUGUUAGCUUAAAGAUUGUAUAUGUACUGUAUUAUAGUAGGAAUCUAUGUAUAUCAUAUGCUGUGAUAUGUGGAUGGGCCCUGGAGAAAAAAAGGUAUGAAACUGGAUACUCGAUUUUAGAAAAGGCACAUAAAACGUUUCACAUAAUGUGCAAUAUAAUCUGAAAAGAAACGAAUACAGACCAUCUGCAUAUUUUGUAGCAAAUGAUGGAAAAGCAGACUUGUGCACUGUCAACAUCAUUGCCUGUUUUCCUAAUGCUGAAAGUCUGUAUCUUGAUGAUUUUAAUAAAUCAGCUGGAACUGAUAGAAA